ACAGUAGACGUUCAGCGCUAUGGGUCGCAACGGUACAUUUAAACUUGCAGUCUUCUGCUUUCUUCAGAUUUUUACUGAACAGAUCAGUGCUGGACUCUUCAGUGAUGGUGACGAUUCAAAGAUCCCAGAAGCUACAGUUACCGAACUAUUUAAUGACAUUCGGGACUUCAAUCCCUUCUCAAAAGAACUUGACGACGUGAACUCAAAACACGAGAUGUCGGACUACCAUACAUGGAAGAACUAUUUCCAAUGGAAAGGGCCAGGCAAAGUCCUCAGUAUUUAUAUGAAGUGUUCCAAAAGUAAAGUGUCUGUGAAAAAUGAAAAGGGAAAAUCACGAGUGAAUCUGUUUUAUCAUAAAUCGUGGAAAAACCCAUACAAGGUUUCACCUUUUCUGACAUUGGAAGUGACAGACUGCACCGCAAAAAUACCAUAUUCCGUCACUUUCUAUUCGUACGACAGCGUGUCUCAGGUUAGCAAGGUCCUCGUUCGGAUGAAAAACAGCGAGCAGCCAAAACUGAUUACAGUACACCCUGGUAAAGUCAACCAUAUACAAGAUUGUUCAUCAUCGGUACAACCUCGAGAUAUUAAAAGGCCUUGGGUAUGGUUUCGUCUAAAGAAAUAUGAAAACAAUUGGGUGGAAAUGUCUACAGAAGAUUUCUACGAUCUAGCAACGAAUGGCGUAAAAAAAGCCGUAUUUGAUAAUCUAGAUAAUUACUUCAACGGCAAUGGAUAUCAAUAA